AUGAACUUGCCAACUACUAUUCUACAAGAUUCUUUCUUUUGCUUCCCUCCAUUUUUCUUCCUUUUAAUUGUUAUAUCUUUCUUUCUUUUUCUUUAUUAUCCAUUCACCUUACCUAUCCAUACUCUCUCUAUUUUUCUCUCUUUUUUUUCCUUUGACUUUUCUUUCUUUCUUUUUUUCACACUCUCCUCUCUUUCCUACUCACUCAGUUUUUCUUACCCAUUUCCCUACUCUCCUCUUUUCAUACAUGAACUUGCCAACCACCAUUCUACAAGAUUCUUUCUUUUGCUUCCCUCCAUUUUUCUUCCUUUUAAUUCUUAUAUUCUUUCUUUCUUUCUUUCUUUCUUUCUUUUUCUUUAUUAUCCAUUCACCUUACUUAUCCAUACUCUCUCUAUUUUUCUCUCUUUUUUUCCUUUGACCUUUCUUUCUUUUUUUCACACUCUCCUCUCUUUCCUACUCACUCAGUUUUUUUUAUCCAUUUCCCUACUUUUCAUUUUUUGCACAUGA